UUUAUGAGUCUUCGCCAGAGUUUCUCGUGAGCAGCGAUGAGCGGCACAACACGGAGCGGAUUGGUGCCCACACCGAAGCGGCAUAUCAAAUAUGUCAAGAAGCGGAAGAACCUUCAUGCGGAUGAUUCGCGUAUGCCGUUGAAAUUUGAGGCCUUGCCGAUGCCUCUGUCGCUGCGUCCAUUUGGUGGGCUGUUCAAUCCGUUUGCCAAAGGCUGCUCGGUGCUGUGCAACCAUCCGGCGCCGUCAGCUGUCAAGGAUGUCAUAAACCAGCUGAAAACAUCACUAGCCAUUGAGGGCAAAGGUCCCUUGCAGGCAACUAAGGAGAAGUCACUUGAGGAGAAACUGCAGCCGCAUGAGGCGGACAACAUACCAGAGGAUCUGUUCAGACGCUACGCGGAGACCGAUUCCCGACCCAUGACGCCGACACCAACUGUGACCAGUAUCCAUACGCGAAACAGUGCGGGCUCCUUUUAUAGGCGCUGCAUUACGCCAGAGUGGGGCAAGCAUGAGAACAUUCAGCGGAAGAAGAUUAUAUUGGAUCUGCGGCGCUCGCACUCACAGGAAACGCUCUACUGGAAGCCCAGCUCGGAGCUAACCCAAAGCGGCAUCGAGGAGGGCAAGAAACCCAAGAGCGCCGGUGCAAAUGAGGAGAAGAAGCCCCGACGACAGCCGUCCAGUGAGCAGCGACCCAAAUCCUCGCUGGCCACAGCCACUCUGACGACUGGCGGUGAUCAACACAUCGACCUGGAGCCCAAGCCGCCGAAGACGUGCAUCAAUGAGCACGAGAUAAGCGACGAGGAUGCGAGACGGGGCAAAAGGCGCAAGAAACUAAAACCCACACAGGCCACCACCACAUUUCACUUGAGCGAGGAUCCAGAGACUCAGGUGGCCACCUUGGGUCCCGAUUCGCUGAAUGCCAGCACCAGACCCAGUCUGAUCCCAAAUUCGGUUAGUCUGCUGCCCAAGGAUAAGCGCGAGAUUGAGCGGGAGCCCAUAUUGCUCAAGGGCAGUUUCCUAACCGACGAGGCCUUUCAGACGCUCAAAACGGAUCUAACAGUGGAUUUAAUUGAAAACACAUUUGGGAGAUAUCUCAAUCGUGCACUGCGUGAGGCCAUCAAGUACAUGCCGAAGACAGUGCACAAGCCGACUGAGGAGGUGGAUAAGACAACGGUCAGCUCGAGCAACAAGAUGCCGCGAAAGUUCUCCAAAUCGGCGACGCGAUUCGAUGUGCCUAUGGAUCUCUCCAUGCUCAAGACCAUGACACCUUGGACCUACCUGAGCAAAUAUGUGUGGGUCUCGCAGCAGCGAAAGCAGCUCUACAAGCGCGUCUUCCUCAAGCAUCUGAGCCGUUGCGAGGAGCCGGAAACUGAACUGGCCUUGGGCAACGAGGAGACACCGCUCGUGGAGUACAAGGAGCGCACAAUGUUGUGGCGCAGUUUGCCGCAGGCACUGGAGGAUGUAUUGGAGUUUCAUGGCACCGAGAAAAAUGUGAAAAAUACCCUUACCACAUUGGAUUAUCAGUCGAAUGGCAGUGGAACUUUGGAUUUUCGCGCCUGGUGCGGCAUUGUCUCAUUUGCCGAGCGUUUGGCGCUCUCGAAUCCCGAGUGCAGUGAUGAUGACUCCUGCGAUGAACUGGAAAAGGCUGACUUCAAUAGCAUGGAGCAGAUAAUUGAUCAGUUUGAGGUGCCUGAAAAUUUACGCGAAAUUUUUAAAAUUAUUCGCAUUACACACAAAUUAAAAUAUUAA